GACGUGGUGGGGGGGCUCACCGACUCCGGUCGGUGCCAAGAGGUACCAAAAAUCCCGGUACUGACUUUAAUUAGUUGGUGCUGGAGCCUUCAGCGCCGCUCUUGACCCUAACCGGUUGAGGGUGGCAGGGAUCGUAACCACCUGCUCACACCAGCAAAAGGGCGGAGAAGGAAAACUGCAAACCCCCUGCCAGCAGGGUGAAAAUGGCAGAGCACACUGUAAAGCCAAUAUGAGUUCGACGACAACAAAUAUUGCUACUUCUCCAGGAGGUUCGGAUAUCCUCCAGGAGACUACUUCAUUGGGUGAGCAAGGGAGCUCAGUGGGGUCGAGAGACAAUUCCAAGACCGCCGGCGUUCCUUCACAGGCGCUGGUGGGUACUCACGUGAGUGCCAUGAGAUGUGACACAACUGCCUUGGAAACUGGAAAAAAAAUGGAUUCAACGGAACGGACUGGAACUGAAUCGGAACGUGAACACAGGAGGACGAUUGACAUAGCGGUCCUCAACGAAUCGGAACUGUUAACUAUGAUAAAAGGAUAUGUGAACUCCAUGAAUGAUUUUGCAAAAAGAACACGAAAUGUCCAUAAAGAACUUAAGGAUACACUUGCAAACACUGGAUUAGUUCUUAACCAAUACCUGAAGAUCAAGAGUUCAACAUCAACUGGGAAAAAGGUCAAUGAUAGUAGUACCCAGACAGAGGACAUUCCCAUUGACAAUGUACAGUCAGAGACUAUUCAGAGCAAGAAGACGAGUUCUAGAGAAGCCGCCAGGCGAGAGUGCAAGGAUGCGGCCACGAAUACUGCUUCCCCGCAAGCGGUUCCGGAGAAGCAGCGAAAGCAACAGCAACAGCAGCAGAAGCAACAGCAACAGCAACAGCAACAACGGCGGAAGGGCAAAAAGUGGCAGCGGUUACAGCAGUCUCAGCAGCAAGAGAGCCCGCAACAAUUGCAGCAAGAAAUGCAGAAGCAGCAGCCCCAGAAGCAGCAGCCACAACAGCAGCAGCCCCAGCAGCGGCAGCCCCAGAAACAGCAGACCUGGAGCGAGGUGGUGAGGAAGACGAGGCCACCGAAGCCGGCCCGACAACCGCGCUCGACCGCCGACCAAGUGGCUCUCCUGCGGAAGCGCACUCCGCGAUCCAUGGCGGUCACCAUCGACCGCCCGGCUGAAGGAGGCUCUCUAGCCUCUGUGAUGAAGAAGGUGUCAGGUUCGAUCAACCUUCAGUCUCUCGGCGUCAAGGUGCUGACGACGAGGAAGACCAGGGCGGGUGGAAUUCUCCUCGAGGUUGAGGGGAAUGAAAAAGCCACGCUCCUAGCCGGGAAGAUCCGGGAGGUGGUGGGAGACGCGGCAAGGGUGAGGUUACCCGAGACCCGCACACCCGUCCUUCUGCUGGGAGUUCCAGAAUGGGCAGAGGCAGAGGACGUCGUUGCCGGCGUCACGCAGGCGGGAGUCACCGGAGUCACCUCCGAGAACCUGAUCAUCCGCAAGAACUCCGGAGGAAGAGGGGAGUUCGUCGCGAGCCUCCACUUGCCGCUCAAGGACGCAAUCACGUUGGCGGAGAAGAAUGCGGUCUCCGUGGGGUGGACCAGGUGCAGGGUCAAGCUGUUGACUAACAACCAACCGACCUGCUUCCGGUGUCAAGGCAAAGGUCAUCUCGCGGCCGAGUGCCGAGGCGAGGCCAAGCCCCGUCGCUGUCACAGGUGCAGGAAGGAUGACCACCUGGUGAAGGACUGCACCCAACAAAAGCAGCCUCAGCAGAAGCAGCAACCGCAGACCUCUAGAAGCGAGACGCCUGCAGAAGUGAACGGAGCGGUGUGAUGGCACUCAACUUCGUGCAGUGCAACCUCAACCACUGUCGCGUGGCACAAGAUCUCGUCGCGCAGUACAUGGUUGAGGAGAGAGUCGACGUCGCACUGAUCAGCGACCCCUACAAGGCGGACCCGAACUCCAGUGCCUGG